AUGGCGGCCCUAAACCCUUUCAGACCGGGACGUCAACUUGGAUGCAAAACCGCCCACCAACAAACAAUCUUCGUCGAUGGCCCUGCAGCCCGCCUUGCAUUCGUCAUGAGUCAGGAAUACUUCCCCGGCGAAGGCUCUUCAAGGGCCGGUUCGUCUCGGUUCGCCGGCGAGAACGAAGAACGGAACCCUUUCACCCCCCAACCCCCGCCGGCAUACAUGACUGUCGGCAACGGUUCGACCUCGGAAAGUGCUACAGCUCUGAUGGCGUCUCUGAACAACGACUCAGGGUAUGGUGGUAGCAUUGCCGGUGACUCUGCUGUCGACGCCGAUGCGAGCGCUGCUUGGCGUGCUGGACUGAUGGAGGACAGACCGACUCCGGUUCACACUCCGACGCGCUCCGGCGAGUGGAAUCCUGCGGCUGAGCAUGAGAAACAAGUCGUCGCUAACCAUGUUCACCAACUGCUAUACAACUCAAACCGGACCAAACUUGGUCGCGCAAUCAGCCGAACCAUCGAAACAUUGAAGGAGCUUCAGGAUAUGAAUCGACAAUGGCCUGCCCACUACCCUUCCGUGCAGAACAUACCUCAGUCGCCUUCGGAUCGGCCGCAACUCCAGCACACCUAUUCGCAAUUCACACGUGAUGGUAGCAGACCGGGUACUCCGCCUCGACCCGAACUGAGGCGUGCAAUGACUACAGCCGCAGGGGAGGAUCUGGUCGAAUCCAGUGCCGCUGCUGAACGCCGCGCACCUCCCGAACCCCGAUUAAUGACCUCUCAGAUCGCCCAAGAAUUUUCAAUCUUGAAGUUGGAUCUGAAGCUGGGUGCCUUAUCUCAGGCCGAACUAGUUCACUCUCUGGAAAAGGCUUCGAUUGCCUCAUUACUUGAUGGAAAGAUCAGCCAGAGCAUCAAGCACCUUCUAUCCCUACGAGACCGGAUUGAGGACACAUCAAGCAAGGUGUUGGUGACGGGAGAUUUAAAUGCCGGCAAAUCGACGUUUUGCAAUGCGCUUCUGCGACGAAAGGUCUUGCCCGAGGACCAACAGCCCUGCACUAGCAUUUUCUGCGAGGUUCUCGAUGCUCGCGAAAACGGCGGAAUUGAGGAAGUGCACGCCGUGCGCAAGGAAGCACCGUACAACCGCAAUGACGAGAGCACAUACGACGUGUUCUCCUUGAACGAACUCGAGAACAUUGUGGUUGAUAACACCAAGUACAUGCAGUGCAAGGUUUAUGUGAAGGACGUACGGUCUAUUGAUGAAUCUCUGCUCAACAACGGUGUGGUUGAUAUUGCUUUGAUCGAUGCGCCUGGCUUGAACUCUGAUUCUCUCAAGACAACGGCUGUUUUUGCUCGACAGGAGGAAAUCGAUGUCGUUGUUUUCGUGGUGUCCGCCGCUAAUCACUUCACUCUUUCGGCGAAGGAAUUUAUUCUGAAUGCUGCUCAUGAAAAGGCCUACAUUUUCAUGGUGGUCAAUGGCUUCGAUCAGAUUCGCGACAAGCAACGUUGCGAGCGCAUGAUUCUCGACCAAGUGGGCAAGCUCAGCCCUCGCACAUACAAGGAGGCUGAUGAGUUGGUGCACUUUGUUUCGAGCAAUGCUAUCCCUGUUGCUCCACCUGGGCCUCUCUCCCACUCCGGCACGAGCAGCGGUGGUGGCGGCGAUGGUGGUGAUCCUCACGAUGAUGACGAUGACAAGGACUCUAAGGAUAAGGGCAAGGGCAAGGAGAAGGAGAAGAUCCAGGACUUUGAGAAUCUUGAAGGGGCCCUCCGGCGCUUUGUCCUUGAAAAACGGUCACGAUCAAAGCUUGCUCCGGCUCGCACUUACCUCUUGAAUCUCCUGGCCGAUCUCAAUUCGCUAGCCACGGUUAACCGUGACGUUGCUCAAUCGGAGCUUAAGCGAGUUACGGAUGAGCUGGCAGAGCUCGAGCCUGCUUACGAGAAUGGCAAGAAGCAGAAGGGCGAGCUGGCCGAGGGUGUGAACAAAGCCAUCGAUGAGUCCAGCGAAGAUGUUUACAAUCACACGCGCUCCACUUUGACUAACACUAUCGCCCGAGUUUCUGAGGCUGAUCUUGGCGUCGAAUAUCCCGGUAUCUUUGCGGCAUUCCAAUAUGCAGAGGAUUUGAAACUUGCUAUGCUGGAGCAAAUCUCCGCGGCUGUCACUGGUUGUGAGGAUUAUGCCCGCGACAAGACCGUUCAAGGAGUCGGCUUCAUUCAGAACAUCGGUCUUUUGCAUGUUGGCGAGGACAAAUUCUCCGCUCUCAAUUUCCGUGCCGAUCUGAUGUUCCGCCGUGGUCGCCGUCAUGCCCUUGCUCGGCAGGUAGAUACCGAGGUUGAACUCUGGGACUUCUUCGAUGUUGCUGGGCUCUGGGAGCGUCAAGAGAAGAUGGCAGGAACAGGUGUUGCCAUGACCGCGGUCACUGUUCUUGGCAGCAGGGCCUUGGGUGGCUUCAGCUGGGUGGAUAGCGCAUUCAGUGCCGCCAAGUUCCUUGGCCCGAACAACUUGCGCCGACUAUUCCUCCCCAGUAUCGUCGCUGCUGCCGUCCUAACUACGGCUUACGUGCUGUCCACUAUUCCGAGAACUCUGCCUCCCCGCCUGUCCAAGAAGAUCGCUGCAGCCCUUUCCGACAUGGAUUACGUCCACUCAAAUGCCAACCGCAUCUCAUCUGAGGUCCGGCGCAUCCUGCGCUUGCCCGCUAACAAUCUUCAAGCAAGCCUGGCACAGGACAUUGAGGACCUUGCUCGACGCCAGCAGGAAGUCGGAAAGGUCAAGCAAGAAAGCGAGAUCGCCAGCAAGUACUUCUUGAAUCUUGUCCGCGAAAGCGGAGAAAACCGCCGCUCCGUGGAGGCCCUCGAUCUCGAAGGCCCCUUGCCCGGUGCUAUGGGAGCUAUCGACCCAUGA